UAAUAUUUGAUCCAAAAAACAAUUUCCAAUUUCCUCUCAACUUAUGUCUACUCUCAAAAUUCACACGGUGGACUUCCCUCAACCUCUUAUCACCACCGUCACCUCCUCCGCCGCGGAGUAAUAAUUAGGAGCCGGCAGAACUCAGAGGCGUUGGCCAUCUCUUCCGAAAACUUUCACAUACCCCCACAGGCAACACCUUGUCCGAUCCCGGGCCCGAACUACCCUACUUUUCGUGGCGGCUGUGCCGAAUUAUUUCUCCCCAAAUGACUUCCUCCUCUUCCGUCUGUCCUACCUCCCGAACUUCAUUGAAAUCCACUUCAUCAGGUGAUAACUUUUUGUAUUUGGAAGGAGAAUAUUUUCCUAUCCUUGAGUUGCACUGACCUUCACUUGUCUCUCCGCGGAUAAUUAUGUGCGUAAUAAUAGAGGACUAUUUAUGAGUCAUGGGAAAUAUAUCCAAUCAGCUGAAUUUUGAGUCCAUGGAGACUCAUGUAAGUAGAAGCAAUAAGGGUUCAAUCCUAAAACAUGAUAGGCCAAGGACUCUUAAAAGGUUUGAAGGUUAAUUUGCAAGUUUUGACAAAUUGUUGGUGCCCCUUAAUGGAAAGUGACUUUUGGAUAUAAAUCUUCCCAAUUCUUAAGGUUGUGUUAGGACAUAAUGGAAAUGAGGAACGAGUGGAAAGUUAUGAAGAGGAAAAGAAGGCUGUUGUGGAUAGGAAUCAAGAGCUAAUGAAAAAACAAGAGUUGCAGCAGAAAAAGUUCAAAGCAAAUGAAGAAAGGGAAAGACUCUCUCUCAAGUCUGAGGAGGAAAAAGUAGCAGAUCCACAAGAGCAGAUUAGAGACUUGAAAAUUUAUGUUGAAGCCCAGCGAAUGGUCGCAAACAUGAAAGAUUCAGACAGCAUUAAGGGAGGGACUGUUUUGCCUGUAGAAUCAGAUCAAUCAUCUUCAAGCAACCGAAAAUGACAAACAAAGACAGGUCAACGACGCAAGUAAAAAUAAGCGUCUCUUCAAGAUUACAUUUGCCAAUAUAAAUAAUGGAUAUGGUGCUUUUGCUGUGCAUACCCGUCUUUCGUUCAAAGACGAAAAUCCGGAGGUUAGUGUGGAAGGAGGAGUACCUCUUACUCUUGAUUUCACUGUGACUAGAGAAUUGACGUUGAAAUAUUACUGUUCUUCCAUUUCUUGUGAAUCAAUAAUGUUUUAAAUUCAGAGUUGCCCAGUCAUGGAUAAUGUGGAUGAUAAUGUAAAUUUAUAUAUGCUGAGGUUAGAAAUGAUUAACCACCCAAAUCAAAGCAUGAUUGCAAUAAUUUGUUUAUUAUGUUGUAGCCAAUUCAGAAUCAAGCAAUCAUGUGUGUGUCUGUAUUUACUAUUUCUUAUGCUUCCAUUAGUUCAACAUUUGCUGUCUUUGAGUUCAAAAUUCUUUUGGCAUAUAAAACUUGUAGUUAGGUUCGAA